GUCGGUCCUGUUAGUCCAGACGAUCCUUAGUCCUUUAUAAACUGAGUGAAGUUGACUAGCUUUAAAGCAAGGAGGAGAAAGAGCGAGAAAGAGUGAAAGGGUGAGAAGGAUGGAAAGAAAGGGGGAAAGUGAAAACGGAGGGAGGAAGAGUGAGAGAGAAAAUUGGUGGGAGAAAGAUCAGACAAAAAUAGCUCUUUUUUUUUAUCCCAGCGAGCGAGACAUGUAUUCUGGGCAUGUACAGUACAGAUCUGAAGACAAAAAAGUCUCGAGUUCUAUAGCCAUAAUUACUCUUAUCUCAUGUCAUCAUGGAGAAAGUGAAGCAAUCUUCCAUGUGUGUCUUUGUGUCAACAACAAUGAUCCCUUUAAUGUUUGUUCUUCCAUCUUUUGGUUUAUAUGCCUAAUUGAGAUAAAGUGGUGGCUAGGGUUAUAAUGUUACUGUAGGUGUACUUCUUUUUUUCCUGAUACCAUUGUGGGUCUGAUCCAUUGCUGCUAUCGCGC